GUCGUCCCAACUUAGAAUCAUUUUCCUUUUCUCCCGAUACACUUGACUUUGAGACUUUCAGUUGAACUUUAACCGUCAAAUCUUCGUAGACCCCAUCCAAUCAUUACCUUCCACAUUUCCACCCCCGACCCAAAUACCGUAAAGUUUGAGGAAGAAAUUAGACAAAUGGAGAGCGAUCUCUUGGAAAUCUCUGGAGAAGACGACGAUUCGUUGCUUUUACAGCACGCUCAAGCCCAAACUGACGACGUUUUGGCCUUCAACACUUCCUAUUUCUCUUGCUCCCCUCUCCAUUUCCCCAGAUCUAAUCCCCUAGAUGAGAAAGCCAAAAACCCUAGUUUUUCGUCGAGUAUUGGCAAAGAGAAUAUUAACAAUAAUGCGAGUAAAUCAGAACUUCCAAAGCUAAGCUUGGAUCCACAGCAAAUGAAGAGGAAGAAAAAAGGUGGAGGUUAUAAUUUGAGGAAAAGCUUAGCUUGGGACCGCGCUUUCUUUACUGAAGAAGGUGUUUUGAAUUCGACGGAAUUAUCUUUGAUUAGUGGGGAUUUUGGUAAUUUGAGCGGGGAGAAAUUGUCGGUUAUAGAAGAAGAGAGGAUAGAAUCGUUAUCCGGUGAUUCACCUGAUUUGCAGGCACUAGAGAAUAAUUUAUUUAAAGAGUUGCCUUUAAAUAAUAGUAAUAAGAAUGAGCAGAAGAAGAUUGGUAGCAGCUUAUUGCAGAAGAGUUCAGGUUCAGCCGCUCGUUCUGCGGUGAAACAAAAUGUUCUUUCAGUUCUUGAUGUUAAUAGAAGUGGUUCCAAGCGUAGCGGUUGUCCAAGGCCUGUUAUAUCAUCUGCUCUUAAAAGACCUGCAAAUGUGAGAACAACAAAGGCAGCAGCAAAAGAGCCAAUAAUUUCUAAAAUACCUGUCCCAAAGCCAGAUUCCUUAGUACUUUCUACAACUGCCAAGAGCGCCUCGAACAUAAAUAAAGCAAAGGGGAAUCAGAGUGCUCAAGCAGCAGUCAAUGCCCACAGAAACAUUGGAUUGUCGGGUUCCAAUAGAAGUGCUAGAAGCACUCAAAAUGAUGCAAAGUCUAAUCUUUCUAGUAGACCUCAAAACACAAAGUCCUCUGCUCAACAGGCUAAAAGAAAUUUGGGAAGCUCAGCAUUGGCAAGUCAUUUAUCAACCUAUUUACAGCAUCCAUCAGUUACCAAGGCACAUAAUGGCUUAAAGGGCAACCAAGAUCCUGUUGUGGCUGCUGGUCAUGGAUGUACUAAUAAUGAAGCUGGUUCCAGCAAAAUUACUUCUCUUCCUCAAAGUGGUUGCCGUAUUGGUGGAAACACUCAAUAUGCACAGCCACGAAUAGCAAAACCAUCUGGUUUACGGAUGCCUUCACCAUCGUUGGGAUUUUUUUCUCAGUCAAAGUCUAAUGCUUCACAGAAUCCACAGAGUAGUACUCAACCAUGCAAUAACCCAAAGUCUAAUAUUCCUAAUCUGCGGAAGCUUGGUGUCUUCAAUUCUAUUUGUGAGAGCCCCACUCCACCUAUGAAAGUACCUGUAGUGAAUAAUGGCGUAGCAGCAACAAAAAAUGGAAGUAUGUCAAGUACAGAAUCCUCUGUUCCAUCAAGUGUUAAUUCUUUAUGUGAAAAUAUCAGACCCAACUUACAAAUGCCAAGGGUGGAAGUGAAGGGUAUCUGCAAUUCUGACAACCAUGAAUUGAUGAAUAAUCAGCAACAAUUGCACGCUAUUGACAGUGGUCUUAAUCAGCAAAUUCAAAAUGUAGGAUUGCAGUGUACUGAUUACAAGUUACUCUUGCAAAGUCAAUCCUCUGAACAAGUGAACUUAGAUUAUAAGAGGAGUGAAGAUCUGGUUGUCCCCCAAAGUCCAGAUCAGCAUGGGGAUGCAUCUAAAGAUUCCCAUUUUAUCUCUCAUUGUAGCCUGCAAAUAAAAGGAGCCUUGAAGACUGAUGUUGGCAACCAACUUUCAGGAAAGAAACAGCAUAAUUCAUUGACUGAGGAUUUUGAUCUCUUUCCACAGUUGCAUUCUAGUGAUAUGAAUAGUAAUAAUAUACAUGGUUCUUCAAAAGUAAAAGGUGAUCAAAUAAGCAGCAUGCCUGAUAGUCAUGGGCAACCAAGCGAACAAGUUGAACAGGCAAAAGCUUGCACCUUUCAUGAUGAUCAGAUAAUUAAUGAGAUUGAGAGGCCGCAUAUUAAUGAUAGUGAUAUGCUCAAGGAGGGUGAAGAUUCAGAAGAAUUUCUUAGUUAUAAUAGUGUGCAGAGUAAUGGUAUUUGUCAAAAAGUCGGAGAUUGCAGUGCCAGUGAAUUAGAAAUGUCCAAUGGUCUAUCUCACUAUAGAGAGGGAAUCCAAGGAAAAGAUGGUUCUGGUGAGUCUGUUGAUUUUAAUCUGAAAUCAAAUGCGGGAGAUGCACAAAUGCAUUCUUUCAAGUGUGACCUAUCUCUUGAAAGCAGCAGUAGUCUCCUGAAUGAUUCAGAGGCAGAUAAUCAGCAGUUACUUGUAGAUGAUGUAAAUGAAAAACUAGUUGAACAGCCACCUCUUCCAGAUCCAGGCAUUGUAGUGGAAAGAGUCUUUCAGGAUAAGUAUGGAUCACAUUCAACUGAUUGCUUAUCACAUGGGGAAAUCUUCUCUUCUGAAGAGGUUUUAGCUGAAAGCAAUCUUCAAAGUGUUAAACAUGUAGCAUCAGAACUAGCUGAUGCCUUUCAAAGUGAAUCAGGAAAUUCAGGUGCUCCUUGUUUGAUACCGCCUGCAUUGCAGAAGGGUGGUCAUGAGAUGACUGAUGUGGUUGAGUGCCUAUAUGUGGAGCAUGCGGUCUCAGUUUCUACUGAUACACAGUGCAACUGUGACAUUAAUCUCCUUUGUGAACCCACAUCUGAGGGAAUAGAAAGGAUCAGUGAAGAUCAAGUAACUGGAUCAAUAACUGCUUGUGAUAUUGGUGUCAGUAAUGACUGCCAAAGCAGUGCAGAUCUUAACGGUAGUGAAAUUGAUAAUUACCAGUCAAUAGUACAUCUUAGCCCAGUAGUGCAAUUUAAAGGUUAUUCUGCAAUAGAUGAUAUCAUUGACCUUAAAAGUGUUGAAAGCAAGCAAUACGAUUCGUCUGCAAAAUAUAAUUCUGCCAUUUGUGAGCCUGAAGAAAAAAUCACUUCUUGUCAUAUUGAUGCAUCAUCUAUGCUCACCAACUCAUUGCUUGAUAAAAAAAAUGACCAUGAAAAGUCUAUGGCCCAAGCUGAGCUGAUACAGUCCUCCUUUGAAGCUUGUAAAGCAUCCCAAGAGAAUCAGAUUCCAGAGGCAUAUCACGGCCUUAAGUCUGUGGAGGGAAAAUUUGUCGAAGAGUCCCAUAAUUUGGACAGUGAUAAGCUUGUAGAUGUCAGUCCCAAAGAUAAAGGUUCUGUUGGAUUAGUAGUGGAAGGUCCUUUUGAUCUGUCUCUGGUAGAAUGCAUAGAUGAAACAAAUGAAUUAUGUGCUGCCGUAGCUAAUGAGAUGACUACGAGAUCUUUUGAGGAACAUGCACAUUCGCAGUCCUUUGAUAGUAUUCCACUUGAGAGCUGCAAAAGUAACCUUUUCACUUCUGCAGAAAUUAACAAUUACGCAAUGGUUGUUGAGGAUUUAAAUGAACCUCCUGAGCUUCGAAAUGUUGUCAUUGUUGAACAAAUUUUGUCAGACAAAAUUGGAUUGUCUGUGAAUGAGGAAGUGUCAAGCUCUGUCAAGAUUAAGGUGUCAGAUGACAAUCAUGAUUGUUAUAAUGAUAUGAUCUUCAGGCCUGACAGUGAACAAAGUGGCCAAGCAACCUCGUUGAAUUUUGAUUUGUCUUCAUUGAGUGAAGAUCAAAAUUCUGGGGCAGGAAAUACCUGCAAUUCACAGGCAUUUUUCUCUUUGAAUGAGGAAUCAACAUCGUCAAUCAAUGCAAAUCAGACCUCUUCAAGUGGAAUUGUCUUACAGGAAGAAGUGAAUAGAUUGGAGACAAGUGUGCCACAGGAAUUAAACAGUGCUAUGAUCCCCAUGGAAGCUGGGGGUGGAACAACUUUUAAUGAGAAAACCGGGAAUGACAAAAAACAAGAUUCUCCCAUAGUGAAGCCUCCUCUGAAUGCUGUUCCAUCUUCUGAUGAAUGGUUAGCUGCAUUUGAAGCUGCUGGAGAGGAAUUAAACACUGCUGUGAUCCCUGUGGAAGCUAAGGGUAGAACAACUUCUAAUGAGAAAACUGGGAAUGAAAAAAAACAAGAUGCUUCUGUAGUGAAGCCUCCUCCGAAUGCUGUUCCAUUUUCAGAUGAAUGGUUAGCUGCAUUUGAAGCUGCUGGAGAGGAAAUUUUAACAAUGAAAAGUGGUGCUGUACAACAUUCACCCAAGGACAAGUCUCUGCCUGAGCCUGGUCCAUGGUCCCCGGUGAGAAGGAAGAACAAUCAAGGGAUUGGACCAUUUGAUUGCACAAAAUUUACAAACACAAACAUCCCACCUGGUCCUGAGUAGAGGAGGCUGAGGCUCACCUAAUCAUCCGGUUUUUUACGGCUAACAAAAGUGACAAUUCUACUAUCACGCAACACCUAACCAAGGUUUGAGCAAAUAUAUAAAUAUAAAUGCCACAAUUCUGGCAUAUUUCAAACUUCUUUUGUAUAUGUAUUAUUUCAGUUAGAUCAGUUUUCAACUAGACUUAACUGUAAAUUUGUACUGCUGACCAAUCAAAUUUUCCUAUGAUCUCCAGGUGAGGGAUUGACAACUUCACCAUUCUUUUC